AUGUCCAUAAAUGUUGAUCUAUGUCCAUCAAAUGUCCUCUCUGUGCUUCGACGCUCCUGCACCGGUGUGAACGCCCCGAACGCCCCGAACGCCCUGAACGCCCUGAACGCCCCGAACGCCCUGAACGCCCAGAACGCCCAGAACGCCCUGAACGCCCAGAACGCCCUGAACGCCCAGAACGCCCUGAACGCCCCGAACGCCCUGAACGCCCCGAACGCCCUGAACGCCCCGAACGCCCCGAACGCCCCGAACGCCCCGAACGCCCAGAACGCCCUGAACGCCCAGAACGCCCUGAACGCCCCGAACGCCCCGAACGCCCCGAACGCCCCGAACGCCCUGAACGCCCCGAACGCCCCGAACGCCCCGAACGCCCCGAACGCCCAGAACGCCCUGAACGCCCAGAACGCCCUGAACGCCCUGAACGCCCAGAACGCCCUGAACGCCCAGAACGCCCUGAACGCCCAGAACGCCCAGAACGCCCUGAACGCCCAGAACGCCCUGAACGCCCAGAACGCCCAGAACGCCCUGAACGCCCCGAACGCCCUGAACGCCCUGAACGCCCGAACGCCCCGAACGCCCCGAACGCCCUGA